AUGAAAUCAACACCUUCUGAUUUCAGUUCUGAUUGGUCACUUCAAAGCGUACCGCAAUGUAUCUUCAAUGAUACGUUAUUUGAAGUAUUUGAUGACAAAAAUACACUAAUUGGAGCUUUACAAAACGCAACAUUAACUAUCGAGCAAGCAAAUUACGUAUUUGAUGAAUCCAAGAAAUACUAUAGUAUUGGUGACUGCUUUGACAUCAUCAGAUCAUGUGAUGUCGACUUAGGAAAUAAACCAGAUCUAGUUUGCAUGCUUUUGAACACAUUAUGCGAUACAUUACAAUUUGAUUUGUUCAAGAAAAUCGGACAUAUCAUACAAGACUUCGAAAACAUGUUAAUUGCAUGCCAUCCGAAAUUAUCACGAAAGAAUUCGUUAAAUCUCGCAUCAAUAAUCGAUAAAAGCAGACAGAAUGCUGAAAAUACCGAAUAUGCAAGAAAUCCCUCGAAAUUAAAUAAACAAAUUUCAAAUUUACAUAAACUCGGCUCAAGAACAGAAAUUGAUGAGAAAAACGCGUUCGUACUAAUGGAAGACGAGGGUUCGAUAAAGGUAGAACGAGUCAAUCCUCCAAAAUCAAAUUCAUCAGUGAAAACAACAGUUCAAAAGGGAAACCCAUCGAAUAGUGCUAAUAUAGAUAAGCUAAGCAAGAUAGAAAUCAAGAAUGGAUAUCGUACUUUCUAUGAUGUUUACGAAAUUUUACAAAAUGCUUACAAAGAAAACGAUGAAAACGUGAUUAACUACGCCAUUGACAACAACUACACUAAUAUACUGAAUGAUGCCGAAGAAAACUUAUUACAUCAGAUUGCAAGGCGUGGAGACACAGAAUUUCUUAAGUACAUGCACAAGAAAGGCAUGGAUAUCACACUGUUCUUCAUUGUUUCUGUGAAGCGAGUGUGGGACAAACUAUCCAGUGUCACUUUUUUAUUAACCUUAUUUUAA